CCAAUGAGAAAUCACCACAUAUACCAGAAGAGGUAUAAAAGAUCACCGACUAGCUGCCUGCAACACACCCCGAGUAGUCUCACCAUUGCAGUCACCACUUUCACCUGAGGAAAGACAAGAGGCCGCGAGUUCUCACUCCACGAGACCAACAUGACAACAACACAUCAGCUAAUGGCCGCCGCCUUCUACCUGUGCGGGCUUUUGUUUCUUCUCCACGUCGACUCUGUGAACAGCUUGAGAUGCAAGUAUUGUUCGUACACUAAUCCUGGCUGCAAUUCUGGCAACGUGACAGACAUUGAGUGCCUACCCAACUACACCUGUUCUUUGAUUAGACUUUUCUCCCCACUAGAACCGGAAAACGAUAGCACAUUUCGUGCCUGCACAACAGAAGCAGUAGGUUUGUACUGCAUUCGUCUUAUGGGUUAUUGGAAGCAGUGCCACCUCUCCUGCUCCACAGACAACUGUAACAGUGCAUCCAAUCUUGAUGAAUAAUGAUAGUACUGCAUUGACCUUUAUCAUUUUGUCAGAAAUCGCCAUUGACACCAAAAACUAGGGUUUUAGUACUUUUAGGUUAUGAAAGGAAAUAUACAGAAAAACUACUCGUCAAUAAAAUUUUAUCCAAGAUACACAAAAAACAACCUAUGUAAUCCCAAUAAAAAACCGUCUUCUGUAUUUAUUGUUUCUUGCUAUGCAUCAACGUGACAGCUUUAAAAGAAUAUUAAUGGUAAUGAAAUGUUGUUAAAUGGCAACAUCUGACAUCAAAUUAUUUAAUUUCUGUCCAGAAAACUGAAGAAAAGUAGUAAUCGAUCGAAGUUGUUUGGUUUCUUUGUGGUGUGAAACAAUGUAAAAAUCGAUGUGAUUGUGUGAUACUUAUUAUUCUGAUUUUGCAGCAGUUUUUCUGCUGUCCUCUACAUUCUAUUUCAAGCACUCCAUUCGCUCUUAUCGCUCUGUCUCUUUAUUUCAUUAUGUCUGCCUUGUAUUUCUGUUCAUGUUUCAAUCUGCGACGCCAUCAAGCAGUCAACAUUCAGUUGAAACCUUUUUUUUAAAUAAAAGAAGAUGAGCUAACUUCUGUGUAGACAAUUCAGUUGUCAGUCACUCGUUGAAUCCUUUCACUUUGCUGUCAUUCAGAUGUAAACUUAAGUUUGUCAAUAAACACUUUG